AUGUUUCUCAAAAAUGCCGGUUCUUACACUUUGGACCUUCUUACACUUGUGGAGCACACUAAGGACAAGUGCGGCUUGACCGAGAGGCGGAAAGGCAUCUAUAGUAAUAUUAUUUUCGGUACUGUCAUUUUUGUCACCACCUGGUUCUUGACAGCGAUGAAAGGCAUAUUAUUCGAAGGAAUUCAUACAAACUCGUCGACGCCAUUCACAGUUGGAUACCCAGCGAACCUUUCGACAAUGUAUGGUGUGGCUCCGAUCAUUUGUCUAGCUUUCGGGUUCUACAGUUCAUUGGCACUGAUGCUACACACAUUGGUGUUUUUCCGCGUAAAUUGUGAAUGGGAGAUUUUUAACGAAGAUUUAGCCAGUUCCGAACGACUUCAGCAACUGACGAUACCCAUCGUUCUCAGGAAGUUCAGCUCGCGGCAGAUAGAGCUUAUGGAACUAGUAAAAGUCAUCAAUCAAAACAUGAGUGAGUCGAUUCUUUCCUAG